AUGUUAGCGAGAACUCAAUUACUUAAAUCUUCACGACGAGUUGCAGAUGCAUCGUCGAGAGGACUAGCCCGACUUAAUGUAACCCCUUCACAACUGUCAAGAGCUGCGCUUAUAACCACAGCAAAGACAAUAUCCAAUGUUACUCUACCUGCUCCUAUAUAUCGAACAUACGCAAAUGGCCGACCUCAUCCGCCGGGUGGUACGCAUCGAAUGGAUAUGAGCGGAGAGCCCGAGAAGCCAGCUUUGGAGCAAUAUGGAAUUGAUCUUACUGCGAAGGCGAGAGAUGGAAAGUUAGACCCCGUCAUUGGAAGGGACGCCGAAAUUCAACGAACCAUUCAGGUCCUGUCACGAAGAACCAAGAAUAACCCAGUCCUGAUUGGAAAUGCGGGAACAGGAAAGACAGCAAUCCUAGAGGGUCUAGCGCUGCGGAUAGUACGGGGUGAUGUUCCAGAGAGUAUAAAGAAUAAGAGAGUUAUAUCGCUAGACUUAGGAUCGCUCAUCGCCGGUGCCAAAUUUCGGGGCGACUUCGAAGAGCGUUUGAAGAAGAUCCUAACCGAAGUCCAAGAAGCGCAUGGUGAAGUCAUCUUGUUUAUCGAUGAAUUGCACACUCUCCUUGGCCUUGGAAAAGCAGAGGGUUCUAUCGAUGCCUCUAAUCUACUCAAACCUGCUCUAUCUAGAGGAGAACUGCAAUGCUGCGGUGCUACCACUCUAGCUGAGUAUCGGCUGAUCGAAAAAGAUGUUGCUCUAGCCAGACGGUUCCAGCCUAUCUUGGUAAAUGAACCUUCCGUGGAGGAUACAAUCAGUAUAUUACGAGGUAUCAAAGACAAGUAUGAAGUCCAUCAUGGUGUGAGAAUCACGGACGGAGCUCUCGUGGCGGCUGCAACGUACUCGAACCGCUACAUCACAGAUCGUUUCCUCCCUGAUAAGGCUAUCGAUCUGAUGGACGAGGCCGCAAGUUCGUUACGUUUGCAGCAGGAGAGUAAACCCGAAGACAUCAUGCGACUUGACCAGAAAAUAAUGACAAUCCAAAUCGAGUUGGAAAGUCUGAGAAAGGAGAAGGAUGUAGCCAGUCGCGAACGGCGCGAAAAGCUCGAGGAGGACCUCAAGAAAUUACAAGAGGAGGAGAAGGCUUUAACUGAAAGGUGGGAAAAGGAAAGAGGAGAGAUUGAUGCUCUAAAGAAAGUUCAGGAGGAACUAGACAAGGCCCGCAUCGAGCUCGACCAAGCGCAGAGAUCUGGUAACUUUGGCAGGGCAUCUGAACUGCGCUUCGGCAUCAUCCCGAACCUAGAGCAGAAACUUCCUAAGGACGGUGAGAUAGCGCCGGACGCGCAAGGCCCCGAUACCUUAAUCCAUGAUUCAGUUACGGCAGACGACAUCGCGAACGUCGUCUCGAGAAUUACUGGAAUCCCCGUGUCUAAGUUGACUUCGGGACACAUCGAGAAGUUGAUACACAUGGAAGACACGUUGCGUGAAUCCGUCCGCGGCCAAGACGAAGCCCUUAAAGCUGUCGCGGACGCUGUGCGCAUGCAGCGCGCUGGCCUAAGCGGCGAUAACCGUCCUCUAGCAUCAUUCUUCUUCCUCGGUCCUACCGGUGUCGGUAAAACUGAGCUGUGCAAGAAACUCGCCAACUUCCUAUUCUCGACCGAGUCCGCCGUAGUCCGCUUCGAUAUGAGCGAGUUCCAGGAAAAGCACACUAUAUCGCGACUCAUCGGCGCACCCUCUGGCUACGUCGGGUACGACGACGCAGGUCAGCUAACGGAAGCCGUGCGUCGGAAGCCUUACGCAGUCCUCCUCUUCGACGAAUUCGAGAAGGCGCACCGCGAUAUCUCGGCAUUGCUCCUUCAGGUUCUUGACGAGGGCUACCUCACAGACGCUCAGGGCCACAAGGUGGACUUCCGCAACACCAUCAUCGUGCUGACAUCGAACCUCGGCGCGGAGAUUCUAGUUGGCGCCGAUGCCCACCACCCGUACUCGGAGACCCCCGACGGCGAGAUCAGCCCCGACGUGCGCAAGGCCGUCCUCGACGUCGUAGCGAGCAGUUACCCGCCUGAGUUCCUCAACCGUAUCGACUCGUUCAUCGUAUUCAAGCGCCUCACAAUCGACGCCCUACGGGACAUCGUCGACAUCCGGCUGCGCGAGUUACAGGCGCGGCUGGAUGACCGCCGCAUCACGCUUGAAGUCGAUGAUACGGUACGCGUAUGGUUAGCGGAGCGGGGCUACGACCCCAAGUUCGGUGCUAGGCCGCUGAACCGCCUUAUCACGACCGAGAUCAGCAACGGGCUUGCGGAUAAGAUUAUUCGCGGCGAGUUGAAGAGGGGUGAUAAGGCGGCUGUUCGUAUCAAGGAGGAUAAUUCCGGACUGGAAGUAUAUCCCGUGGCGACGACAGAGUCGGAGCAGCAACAGCAGCAGCAACAAGAACAACAUUAA